CCUGCACUCCCUGUCUCAAGUAACUGAUUAAUCGUUUGGUCUGGAAAACAAGAAAACUGUGUGAAAAUGUCCAUGAGAGUUUGCCAGAGUUUCCAGCACCAAAAAAAAAAAUGCAAUUAAUUUUAAUAUAAGACACAGACAAGAAGCCAAUUCUCACAUUUUAGAAGAUGGAUCCAUCAGAUGUAAAAUGACUCAGUUACUUGAGUGAUUAAUCGACUGAAGUCAAUGUCCAUCGACUUCCACCCUGUGAAUAACUCACCUGAAACAAUUAGUACAAUGUGCAGUUUAACUGAUCAGUCGAUUGACGGAUAAUUAAUCAGAGGCCAUUUUGACGCGUUGUUGUUUUUGCUUGUCACACAAAAUGGAAACGGUCUUUGGAAAUUUCACACGGGCAGUUUUCACGACAGUCGAUUCAUCGAGAAGAUGAUCCAUCAUGGAAACGGUCCCUGGUUGUAGUCCCGCACACUUCGGCCCUCGCGGUUCCGCUUUUAUUUUGAAAGCUGUGACCGGAAGCCUCGUUGCGUCCAGCUUGACACCGGUCCCUCCUCAGCAUCACCGCAUCAUCCGCACCCCCCUCCCUCGAUACGGGACCAAACACGGACCCCAAAAACCACAAAAAACCGCGACAAUGGACGACGUUCCUCCGAUCAUCAUCAUCUCCAUCUCGCUGCGGAUCCAGCCCAACGAAGGACCCGUGUUCUUCAAGGUGGACGGGACCCGGUUCGGCCAGAGCCGGACCAUCAAGCUGCUCACGGGCUCCAAAUACAAGAUCGAGGUGGCGGUGAAGCCUGGAAACGUCGAGGCCACCAACAUGAACAUCGGAGGCAUCGUCUUCCCUCUGGAGCAGCAGUCCAGAGAUGAGGACUCGGUGGUUUACCACGGCCAGUACGACACCGAGGGCGUCCCGCACACCAAGAGCGGAGACCGGCAGCCUGUCCAAGUCAGCAUAGAGUUCAACAAGGCGGGGACGUUCGAGACGGUCUGGCAGGCGAAAUACUACAACUACUACAAGAGGGAGCACUGCCAGUUCGGCAACAAAUUCAGCAACAUCGAGUACGAAUGCAAGCCCAACGAGACGCGGACCCUGAUGUGGAUCAACAAGGAGGCGUUCAACUGAGUCAGCUCAUCCUAACACUGUCCACACACCGAACACCCGUCGUACCAGAACUACCUUUGAACAUCAGCAUCGCAGUAAAAGGACAGGCUUCUCCUCGAGGCGUGCGUGAAGUCAGCGGGGGUCUGGUAUUUGUAUUGUUUCAUCAACAGUGCUGGUCUCUAGAAGGGUUUUGCUUUAAAGCUGCACUCGGCAACGUUGCUCUUUGGCAGCUUCGCAUGCCAGCAAAAAGGGGAAGGGUUCGAAAAGCACAGGUAACAUUCAGAAUCCCGGUACAGAGACGCGAGUCCGCUGCACACGGCACGUUUAUGGCCGUUUUGCCAAACGGCCAGAAAAGGGAAAAGAUCUAAGGCUCAAAGGUGCAGUGUUUCCCAAAGGGAGCGCUCGCGUACAGCUUGGUCAGUCUGUGGACCCCUCUUCAGUUUAGUCAUAUUUUAAGUGUUUGCUGGUACGAGAACCAAGAGAAGCUCCGCAUGAGAAGUUGCAGAGCGUAGCUUUAAAGCAGGGGUGGACAGGGUUGAAGGAACAGUCCGACAUGUUGCCAGCUUGUUAGCCACCUUCCCCAAAAGAUUGAUAUACAUUUCAAGUCGGCGUGUCCGGUACAGAGACAGGUCCAGGAUGUGGUUAGCUUAGUUUAGCCCAAAGGGAUCGCUGCAUCAGCAUGCAGUGAGAGCGCAGGACGGAUCCGCUUUCUAGAACUACACCAUCAUGAAAACCACAAAG